GGACUGCUUUAAGUUCGUUUUCAGUCCACACGGCGGGACACGAGACAGCACUGAUCUUCCGAGAGCAACGAGGCUCCAGAAUUCCGCCGAAAAAAAAAAACACCGACGAGCGAAGCCACAACAUCCCAAAGCCGCUGUCAUCUGGAUGCUUGAGGAGUAAAGAUAAAAUUGUAUCCGCUACCGAUGAUUGACGUUUCUUUUCUGAAGAGUCUGCGCUCCGUCUGAGGAUUUAACAAAGGUGGGAGACGCGACCGCGGUCCCCAAAAACAAGGGGGAGGUAUGAUCUUUAAGAUAAGCCUAUUUGGGGUCAUGCAACGGCUAUAAAUGCACAUUGAUGAGCAGAGGGAGACAGGCUGGCGAAGGCGAAAGAAGUGGCUGUUUUGAGGGGAGCAGUAGAGGAUCGUGUGCUGGAGAUGUCUCUGUGGAUGAUCUUACCCGUCAGCCUCCCAGCUCUCACCAUCACUGGAAUAUGGGUCGUGAUGUAUAACCAGUCAUGUGAGGAGGAUCUGGUAAUGCAGAGAGGACCAACCUUGUGCUGUACUCUGGACAACGUCCCUCUCAUAAGUAAAUGCGGGACUCUUCCUCCAGAGAGCUGCUUCUUCAGUCUCAUCUGCAGCACCGGAUCCUUUAUGGUGAUGGUGAUUGUGUUGCUGCGCUAUGCCCAUGUGAUAGAGAAACACCAGAACUGUGUGUUGAACACAGCAAGUCUCUCCACCGGCUGGAUCUGUGCUGCUGGACUCAUUAUGGUCGGCAAUUUCCAGGUGGAUUACGCUAAAGUUCUCCACUAUGUUGGAGCAGGUGUGGCCUUUCCCACCAGUAUGCUGUUUGUGUGCUUGCAGUCUGCACUGACCUACCGCCUGGCCAAGACUCAGGGAGAAUAUAACAUGGGUCAUUUGCGCCUCUUCAUGACCCUGCUGGCCUUCGUAGCCUUGGUGCUUAGUGGGGUGUUUUUUGUCCAGGAGAGUUUUAUCCUGCAACAUGCUUCAGCCAUUUUCGAGUGGGUCUUCUGUGUCAUUAUUAUGCUAUUCUAUGGCACAUUCGCUUUUGAAUUCGCCGGGAUAUCUAGUGACACGAUGAUGGUGCUGGCCCGAGGACAAUCUUUACCCUCCGUAAGCCGAGACCACAAAAUGGAGUCUCUAAGUGGAGCCAAUCAGCACCAACCAGAGAGUCUGUCCAUAUUAUAACCCCAAGCUCUUUUAACACUAGAAGAAAAACACUUCAACCGCAGAGGGAAAGUAACAGAAACUGGUGUACCUUUGCCAAAGAAUCCAGCUCUGAUUUUGCACAUUUUGGAGAGACUUCUUUACUCUCUGGGGACCUUUUGAAUCUAACAUCUUCCAUGCUGGGAAAAACAAAAGUCAUCGCCUGGAUGUGUCUCUUAGAAGUCAUUGGGAUUUCGAAGUGAAUAAAUUAAGAACUACUAGUUGGCUAAACUUUCUGGUGAAACCAGAGGAAUGCUACAUCAGUUGCUUAAUAAAAACCCCAACACUAAAGCAUUCUAACAUGGUGCCUUAACAAACGUUAUAGUGCCAAUUUCAGACCUUUCAAGACAAUGAAUCCAAAAAUGCUGUUUUCUGUGCCUUUGUUUUUUUUGUUUUUUUUUGUCCAAAGGUAGAAAUGGUUAAAUCUUAUAAUGUUUUGUCUGUCCGUCUGUUAACUGAUCAAAGUGUUUCAUUUUGCCUUAAUCACCAUAUGCUGUCUGAAAUGUCUUGUUCAGGAGAUUGUCAUUACCAUUGUGCCUUAAACCAAAAGCCAAAUACAGCUAUUUAAUAGACAUAUACUGUACGUCCAUAGUCUAAAUCUGAAAACUGCCUUGAAUAUACAAGGCAUGUAUAUUUUCAUAUGCAUUGUAAAGAGCAAAGCUGAACGAGAUCAGCAAAAACCUCUCGCGAAACAGGCGAAUAAGCUUAUUAUCACGUUAAGUCGCCUGUAAUUGGUGCCAUUCCAGAAGUCAUGUUAGAGGCAAUGAAUAUUGCUGUACAUAGUGACCAAAUGUAACUAAGAAAAGAGAUAGUUUGUCCUGAGGUCAUUGUGAUUGUUCCCUCUUUCUGUCAAUGUGGGAACUGUCAUGUGUUGUGUUUUGGUUGGUUACAAGGAAGCGUAGCUAUGAAAGUUGCCCUCUUAGAGAGUGGCUAGUUUAUGUGUUCACACAAAAGGUCUUUGUGGGCUGUUUUUUGCAGACAAAAUGACAUGCAGCAGGACUGCUAGUUCAUAACUGUUUUUGUUUGUUUUAAAAAUAAGAGAUGAAUCUUGGUUUACAGCGGUCUUAUGUUUUCAUACUAACAACAUGACAAACAAAAUUUUUUUUUCAAUCAUUAUCAUGGGAGUUUAGUCAUUUCAUUUAUCAGGAUAAGAGCCAUAUUGAUGCUUAUCACCAUCUGAUCUACCAGUGCCAUCCUGAAAAUAUCUUACAUUCUCUGUGCUCAGGAAGAUCUGUUUCUUUCUUUCAUAAAACUUAUUUCCAUGCUCAUGACUGUGUUGAUCACCCACACUUAAUGGGUUCAACCAAAAAUUACAGUUCUGAUAUUAAUUACACACCCUCGUGUCCUUUCAAUCUCCUGAGACAAUUAUUAAUCCUUGUAACACAAAUUAAGCAGCCUGAUCUUACAAGAAAAUGUAAGUAUUUUACGUUUUGUCAGUUUUGUGGCUAAUUCAUACGAAUUUGUACAAGUUCAGUCGUAUGAAAAUGUACGAUUUAAAAAACCCAACCCCACCCUUAAACCCCACUGUCAUUGGAUGAUGAGAAAAUCAUACUAAAUUGUACGAAUUAGAUCUUACGAAUUUAUACGAAUUAGCCACUAAAUCAAAAAGUUACAAAUUGCCAUGAGAUUGCGUUGAACUGACAUAUUUUAGAUAUAAUUCGAGAACCCUCUCAUCCUCCAUAGAAUGCAAUGGCCCAGAAAAGAAACAAAGAACAUUGUCAAAAUUGUGUUCAAGAGUUCACUCUUAGAUAUAGCUUGAUAAUGUUAGCAGGUUUGGCUUGCUGUUCUGGAAGAGAACCCUGAGCUUGGAGAUAAGUGAGUUCAAGGCUUCCGCCAGGUCAGUGAGCAUGUAAGUGUGUACGAGAUCAGGUCCUCCUUGAUUAUCAAGGGGCAGCCCAAGAGGAAUAGGCCACACCACACCAGCACAUACCCAAGCGAUGAAAGCUCAGUACUAAAGUACUCAUAUACUGUUCCUAUUGGUUUAUUUAAUUAUCUUAUGUCACAUGUCUUUGGACUGUGAGAGGAAACUGUAGUAACCGGGGGGAGACCCAUGCGAACUCGGGGAGAUCAUGUAAACUCCGCACAGACAUGCCAACUGGCCCAGCCGGAACUCGAACCAGUGACCUUCUUGCUGUAAGGCAACAGUGCUAGCCACUGAGCCACCAUGCCACCCAAUCCUGGAUUAAUCUAUUAAAGCAGAGGGAGAUUGGGGAAUAGUUUUUUUUUUUUCUUUCAAAAAAUGAAGAUAUGGGAUUAAAGUUAGACGGGGCAUUUAUAUUAAGUGUGGAAUGAUCCGAUCGGCUUGCUAAUGAUCACAGAUGGGGGACCAACCUCGAUCAAUCAUAUCUUGUGAUACUCUCAAAAUUAGUUUGUGAACUUUACUUUUAGCGCACAAAAUUGUUCAGAGAAGAAAGCUCUCUGAUCUCAUCUAAAAUCACUUAUUUGGGUUCCAAAGAUAACUGAAGGUAUCAGGGUACUGGAAUGAUACGAGGUUGACUAAUUAACAACAGAAUUUGCAUUUUUGGGUGAACUAAUGCUUUGGGUUUUAUCUUCUUAAAGUAACUUAAAUACUAUCUUGAAAAAAACCCAUAUUUUUUUUUUUUUUUGUCAUUUAAACCAAUCUUUCAUGUACUUCUAAAAUAUUCUUAAUAUUGCUUGAAGAAACAGUUUAUUUAUAAAUAAAAACAAAUCACUGUUCACCCUCAUGUUGUUUCAAAACUAAAUGCUAUUUUUUCCCCUGUGGAUAUAAAAUGGACAAAUGUAAAGAUUUGGCAGCUCAAUUGUGCACACGACAGUUCUACAAUUGUAGUGACUAUAAUAUAAAAUAGCUCAUAAGAAUCGUUUGGCAUAUUAUCAGCACAAUUGCUAUGGAUGAAAUACAGAUGAACCUUUUCCAUUGGCUGAAUUCAUCAAAUCUAAUUUCCAUCGCGUUUAGCUUUAAGUACCGCAGAAUAAAUUGUGAUUUUCCUCUAAAUAAUUAAGUUUCAUUGUCUUCUUUUUUAAAUCAAGUAUUUAAAAAAAAAAUUGAACGUAACGUGCUGUGCUACAGCAAUGUAUGUGUUUUUGGAGCUUAUUGUAAAACACUUUGGCCAGAUAAAUGAAAGCAAACCAGUUUUGGUGAUUAAACCCUAUAGUCCAGAUUUACUAAAGGAAUAAAAUAAAAGCAAUAAUGAGGAAAGGAUACUUUUUUAUUAAUGACUUUAUUACAUUUGCAGGAGUUUCCUUUUUUAGAUGCAAUUUUUGGAGUAUUUAAAUUAAUUAUGCAAUGUGAAAUAAGGAUUUAGUCAGUUCUCUUGCAUUUGCAUCAUUUAGCACCCCCAAAAAUGGUUGCAAACCUUAAUGAGUUUUUAUUGUUGGUUGUUGAACACAAAAGACAUUUUGAAGAAUGUUGGAAACUGGAUAUCGAUAGUAGAAAAUGCUGCUAAAAAUAGUUAUUAAAAAUUCCUAAUCAAAAUAUCUCAUUUUGUGUUCAGCAGUAAAGAAACUCUUUCAGAUUUGUAAUUUUCAGUAUUUCUUUAAAGUGUAGUUUUUUGAGUUCAUUUUCCCUGUCACCUUUUGCCUAGACUGGUGUUCCUACAUAUAUUAUCUACUAGUUUGCUUAAACCUGGGCUUUUGACAGUCAAUAGCUGUAAACCUGCUGCAAACCUGCUGACAUUCAACAAGACUCACCUCUUUAAUGUCAUAGCAGAAAGCAAAAAUACCUUCAUGUGCCUUUGUUUCAACCAAAGACUGAGUCAAUGAUUGGAGAAAUGUUUUGAUUGGCAGGAUGUGUUUGAUUGUGCUGUAAAUUUGCCUUAAAAUGUAUGGAAAUAAAGCAGAAUCAAACUCAUCA